AUGGAGUCAGCAGCUGCAAGUCAAAGUAAAAUUAUUAAGCAAUUGAAGGAAGUAUAUGGUCAAUAUACGAAGCUACCCGAAGAAAGGAAGACCGAAAAGUUAAUCCAAGACAAAUUGGAAAAAGUAGAGCAUCUAUGGGCAUUGUUUGAAAAAGGUGAUGAUGACAUCAGAGCCAAGUUCGAAAAAGAAAGAGGUCAUUUAUAUUUCACAGAAGAGUGUUAUAAAAAUGUACAAGAAUAUUACAAAAAAAUCAAGACUGAAUUUGAUCAGAAAUUGCAAGACUUAAACCUAAACAAAGCAGGUGUUCUAGAAAUCAAAGAUGUUAUGCAAAAACCAGAGCAUGUUAUUGAGAAUCCAGAAUUACAAAAAUUAAUCUGGAUUUGUCAACGAAAACAGCAGCGAUUGAAUUACAUGUUACAAAAAAUUGUAAUUCAGAAUCAGCACGAUAACUAUUACAAGAGCAAAUUAGACGAAUUAAAAAAUUUAUGGCAAGAAAUAAAAAAUGACGAUAUCGAAAUUGCUGGAAUGAUAAGAAAUCCAGAAGAAGCUGGAUAUGACGUUGUAAAAGUACUUGAAUUGGAAGAAGAAGUUCAAGACAUGAUAAUAAGUUUACAAAAAAACGUGAAAUUACAACCUCAAGAUUCAGUAAGUCAAGUAAGCAAAGAGGUGACACCUAGCAUCAAACUUCCAAGUAUCGAUAUUCCGAAGUUUGAUGAAGCAGAGAGGUAUAUAAGACAUCUUACAAUAACAGAUGCAAAUUAUUCUGUAGCUUGGAAGCUAUUAGAAGAGAGAUACAAUAAUACAAGGUUACUAGUAACAAACAUUUUGGAUAAGUUAAUAGGACAACCAAGUAUUGUACCUGGGUCAAGUAAAUCAAUUAAAGGACUAUUUAACACAACACAAGAAUGUAUUAUGAUGUUAGAAAAUUUAGAAUUGGAAGUUUACAAUAAUUGGGAUCCAAUUCUAUUACAUAUUUUAAUGAAGAAACUUGACAAAGACACUCAUGUGCUAUAUGAGCAAUCUUUACAAUGUACCAAGGACCUACAGAGUCUACAAGAGUUUCUCACGUUUAUUCAAGCAAGAUUUCAAGCGCUAGAAGCUAUAGGUGAUAGUAGAGACAAGUCAACAAAACUCAAGAAAACGGCUUACGUAACAACAGGAGUAAUUUUGAAUAGUAACAGUGAAUGUUUAGUAUGUAAAGAGAAACAUUCAUUAUUUAACUGUUCAAAGUUUUUAGAAAUGACGCCCCAAGAAAAAGGUUUAUGUGUAAGGAAGCACAAUUUAUGCACAAAUUGCUUUAAGAAAGGCCACUUUUGGAAAAAAUGUGUUUUGAGUAACUGUAGAAAAUGUCAGCAAAAGCACAACACAUUGAUUCAUGAUCUAUACAAAAAAGAAGUUAGUCAAGGUUCCACUACAAAACAACAAGCGACAGUAAAUAUAUCAAUGUCAGAGGUUGAACCUGAAAAAUAUGUAAUUUUGGGAACGGCAAUAGUUCAAGUACUUGAUAAGGCAAACAAUCCAGUCGAAUGUCGAGUAUUAUUAGACUCUGGUUCACAGGUAAACCUCAUCACGGAACGUCUUCAGAAAAAAUUAGGUUUGGAUGCAAUAGGGGAAAGUUUGGACAUUCAUGGUGUAGGAAACUGUCAAGUUCAAUCUAGAAGUCGACUGAAUGUGAAAAUUAUGUCAAAAACAAGUAUGUUUGAUACGAGCAUUGAGGCUAAUGUGAUAAGAUCAAUAACUACUUGUCAACCGCAAAAAUAUAUUGACAUAUCACAGUGGCCAAUACCAGCGUCAAUAAAGUUAGCUGAUCCACAAUUUAAUAGUCCGCAGAAAGUGGAUAUGCUACUCGGCGUUGAGAUGUAUGCAGAAUGUGUGAACGGGGGCCAAUUAAAACUGGGAGCAAAUUUACCGAUAUUACAAAAAACAGUAUUCGGCUGGAUGAUUCUUGGUAAAGUGACACAACAGAAUCAAACCAAUAAUUUUGUUGGAAUAACCAACAUUCAACUAAAUGAACAAUUAAAUAAGUUUUGGGAAAUUGAGAAAAUUCCAGAAAAGAGAAUCAUGAAUGCAUCAGAGAAAAGAUGUGAAGAAUAUUUCAAAAACACUGUGUAUAGAGAAGAAUCAGGACGCUUUGUUGUAAGUUUACCAAUAACUAGUUCAGAUAGCUUAUUAGGAAAUUCAAAAAAUAUAGCAAUGCGAAGAUUUUUAAACUUGGAAGGCAAACUGUCAAAAAAUGUGAACCUAAGAAAUGAAUACAUUCAGUUCAUGAGGGAAUAUGCAGAAUUGAAACAUAUGGAAGAAGUGAAAGAAAAUGAAAUUCCUGAUAUCCAUUAUUUUAUGCCGCAUCAUGGUAUAAUCAAGCCAUCGAGCAGCACUACUAAAUUACGGGUAGUUUUUGAUGCUUCAUGUAAAACAACGAGUAAUCUUUCGUUAAACGACAUUAUAAUGAAGGGUGCAAAAGUACAGCAUGAUUUAUUUGACAUUUUACUUCGUUUUAGAAAACACAAAUACGUUUUUACUGCCGACAUCAAACAGAUGUACAGGCAGAUUAAGGUGGUACCAGAAGAUCAGCAUCUACAGUUAAUACUGUGGAGAGAAAAUCCACAAGAAAAUAUCAAAUAUUAUCGUUUAACGACAGUAACGUAUGGUACUAGAACAGCUCCGUACUUGGCAACUCGAUGCCUUAAACAAUUAUCAGAAGAUGAAGCAGUAAAAUAUCCUGAAGGUGCUAAAGCAAUGAAUGAUUUCUAUGUAGAUGACGUCAUAACAGGUUGUGAUACUAAAGUUGGAAUAAUUGAAAUGAAAAACCAACUAAAACAGAUGCUCGGUUCAGCUCAAUUUCAAUUACAUAAAUGGGCAUCUAAUGAUUACAGAAUUAUAGAAGAAAUUCCAACAACACAAAGAGAAGAAGAGAAAACGUUCAAUGAUGAAGAAUCUACAUACAUAAAAACAUUGGGGCUAUCAUGGCAGCCAAGCAUGGAUACUUUUGCUUUUACAACACCAUGUUCACAAACAGAAGGCUCACAGAAGUGGACGAAAAGGAAGAUAGUAUCUGAAGCUGCUACACUAUUCGAUCCUUUGGGUCUUUUAAAUCCAAUAAUAAUUAAAGCAAAAAUGAUAAUUCAACAAUUAUGGAUAAAUGGUAGUGACUGGGAUACGGAAAUUGCAGAAGAUUUAAAAGAUGAAUGGGUAAAUUAUCGUCACAACUUAGCCGCAUUAAAACAUUUGAAGAUAAAACGUCACGUAUUUGGAGAUAAAAUGUCAUCUAGAAUCGAAUUGCAUGCUUUUUCAGACGCAAGUGAAAAGGCAUUUGGAGCAGUAGUUUAUGUACGAUCUAUUGAUGUUUCUGGCACAAUUACAAGUAAAAUGCUAUGUUCAAAAUCACGCGUGGCUCCUAAAAAAAUAUUAACAAUUCCAAGAUUGGAGCUAUGCGCCGCCAAAUUAGCAGUAGAAUUGAUGAUCAAAGUGAAAGAAGCAUUUCAAGUAAAAGCAGAUGCAACAUACUAUUGGACAGACUCUCAGAUUAUUUUAUCGUGGAUAAAAAGUGAGUCUUCAGCAUUUAAAAUAUUUGUUGCGCACCGAGUAGCAUUUAUUCAAGAAUUUACUAGAAUACAAGAAUGGAAUUAUGUCAACACAAAAAGUAACCCGGCAGAUUUGAUUUCUAGAGGAACAACAGCUGAUAAAUUAAUGGAUUCCGAAUUAUGGUGGUGGGGUCCUUCAUUUUUCAGAGAAAAUGAGGCAGACUGGUCUGAAAGACAAGUAAAUAUUAUAAGACUGCAAGAAGAAGAAAGACAGGUGACAGUUCUAAUAAAUCAAGCUGUUCAAAAACAAGAAAAACACCCACUUCAUUUAAUUGACCAUCAUAACUGCUUUAAAUUUCUUCAAAGAACUAUGGCAUACAUCUUACGAGCAAUAAAUACAUUUAAGAAUGGCACACAUAAGAAUGAUAAUAAAUGGCUCACAACAGAUGAGUUAAAUGAAGCCUUAUUAGAAAUAAUUAGAGAAGUUCAAAGAAAUCAUUUUCAAGAAGAACUCAAAGAUUUGAAAAAUAAAACAUUAGUAAGACCACAUAGUCGAUUGUCUUCACUAACACCAUUUAUCGAUUGCGAUGACAUCAUACGAGUAGGGGGAAGAUUAAACAACGCUGCAGUUAACGAAUUUGCAAAACAUCCUAUUGUGCUUCCAGGUACAGACAUUGUGUCAAAAUUACUUAUGAAUCACCUACACAUUCAACAUUUGCAUGCCGGACCGUUGGCAUUAUUAGCCAUUUCCAGACAGAGAUAUUGGAUUUUACAAGGCAGACAAUUGUCUAGAAUUGUUGUUAGUCAAUGUGUAUUAUGUGCAAGAGCCAAACCUCAAAUGUAUACGCAAUUAAUGGGAGAUUUACCAGAAGCUCGAGUGUUGCCAGAAAGAGCAUUUUGUAAUACAGGCGUCGAUUUUUGUGGGCCUAUAUUAACUCAUUUUCACGUACGAGGUAAAAAGCCCCAAAAAACUUAUAUAGCUGUAUUUUGUUGUUUUAGUACAAAGGCUAUACACAUGGAAGUAGUAUCAGACCUAACAACUGAUGGGUUUAUUGGAGCGUUAAAAAGCGCCAAGGGGAUACAGUUUCAUUUUGCUCCACCAAGAUCACCGCAUUUUUCUGGAUUGUGUGAAGCGGCAGUUAAAUCAGUUAAAACGCUGCUAAAAAGUAUUCUUGUGUCAGCUUCUCUAACAUUUGAGGAACUAUGUACAGUAACAGCUGAAGCAGAAGCCAUUUUGAACUCAAGACCACUGACACCACUUUCGUCAAAUCCGAAUGAUUUAUCAGUACUUACCCCAGGUCACUUUCUAAUAGGUGAACCAUUGACAUCACUUCAAGAACCAAAUAAAUAUACUCAAAAUCUGUCAUCAUUGUCAAGAUGGAAACUAAGCUACAACAUAGAUAUAAAUGGAAAACAUCAACAGAAAAUAUAA